GCAACCCAACUGACGAGAAAACCUCAACUCGGAAAUGGCGCUGAAAGUCCUUUCAGCUCUGGACUCGGCCAAAACUCAGUAUUACCACUUCAAGGCCAUCGUCGUCGCCGGAAUGGGCCUCUUCACCGACGCCUACGACCUCUUCUGCAUCGCUCCCAUCAUGAAACUCCUCGGCCGCAUCUACUACAACAACCGCCCUGGCUACGAAAUCCCUGCCGCAGUCACCUCCGCCAUGCUGGGCACCGCCCUCCUAGGCACCGUCAUCGGACAGCUCGUCUUCGGCCACCUCGGAGACCGCAUCGGCCGCCGCCGCGUGUACGGUCUCUCCCUCAUGUUGAUGGUGAUCAGCUCCUUAUGGUGCGGCUUCUCUAUGUGCACGUCCAGGACCUGCGUCCUGCUCUCCCUAGGGUUCUUCAGGUUCAUGCUCGGGGUGGGGAUCGGCGGGGACUACCCCCUCUCCGCCACCAUCAUGUCGGAGUUCGCCAACCGGAGGAAGCGCGGAGCUUUUAUAGCGGCGGUGUUCUCUAUGCAGGGAUUCGGGAUUCUUGUGAGUUCCACUGUGACGAUGCUGGUGUGCUCCGUGUUUGACAAAGCCACGAAGGCUUCACCGCUUGAGACGCCGGAGGUGGCGGACUUGGCGUGGCGACUGAUACUGAUGGCCGGGGCAGUGCCGGCGGGGCUGACGUAUUACUGGCGGAUGAUGAUGCCGGAGACAGCCAGGUACACAGCAUUGGUGGAGAGAAACGUGGAGCAGGCAGCCAAAGACAUGCAAAAAGUGCUAUCAGUUUCACUUAGUCAAAUUGCUGAAUUGCAAGAGGAAGAACAAGAAGAAGUAUCUCAAAACAACAUCCCACCCUCGUCUAACAAUUACCCCCUUCUCUCCAAAGAGUUCCUCAGACGCCACGGCCGCGACCUCUUUGCCUGCGCCACCGCCUGGUUCUUGGUCGACAUUGUUUUCUACAGCAGCAACCUGUUCCAGUCCCAGAUAUACCACCGGUACCUCCCGAACCAGAAAAAGCUAAACGCCUUCCAAGAAGCUUUUCACGUUGCAAAGCUCCAAGCCAUCAUCGCCAUCUGCUCUACAAUUCCAGGCUACUACGCCACCGUCUACUUCAUUGACCGCAUCGGGAGAGUGAAGAUCCAAAUGAUGGGGUUUCUCUUCAUGGGCUUAGGCCUCUUGGCAAUAGGAAUCCCCUACAAUGUGUACUGGCGCGACAACACCAACAUAGGAUUCAUGAUCCUAUAUAGUCUAACGUUUUUUUCCUCCAAUUUCGGUCCCAACACGACCACUUUCAUCGUCCCUGCCGAGCUUUUCCCAGCACGUUUUCGAUCAACGUGCCAUGGGGUGUCGGGGGCUUCAGGGAAAAUCGGGGCAAUCAUCGGCUCUGUCGGGUUUCUGUGGGCGUUGCGUAGUGAGAGAGAGGAUGGAUACGGCAAAGGUAUUGGAAUGACGGCGUCGUUGGUGAUGCUGGGUGGGGUUUGUGUUGUGGGAAUUGUGGUCACACAUUUGUUCACGUUUGAGACGAUGGGGAGAUCACUGGAGGAGAAUGAGAAGGAGGAUGAAAUGAGUGGGGUGUGUUUCUUGAGGUGCAUUAGGGUUCCAUGUAAUCGAAGGCAAUCGUCUGGAAAUAUCAAUGUGUAAUUAGUAUCAUCAAGUUGUAAGAAAUUGGUCCUAGAUUAAUUGCGAAAAGUAUUAUUUUAGUCCGCUAA